AUGCGUAGGCCUUAUUCUCUCCCUGGAAAGAGAAUAGAGAAGUGCGGCGAGGAGGGAGGCCUGAGGGUGAACGGUAAGGGCAAGAAGAUGAGGAAGCCCAGGACGAUAUACUCCAGCCUCCAGCUCCAGCAGCUCAACCGCAGGUUCCAAAGGACACAGUACCUCGCUCUGCCUGAGAGGGCGGAGCUAGCAGCCUCUCUAGGACUCACCCAGACACAGGCGUUCUGGAGGAAUCGUCGGCUAAUAGUCUGUGAGGAAGUAAACCGAGGACCAAAUAUACGAGCCGCGAACCUGACAGAAGACGACCUGGAUGAAGAUAUACAGCCAAAGAAGAACUGA